UGUUUGCAUGUGCUGCGGCAGAGAGAGAGAGAGAUAGAGAGCAUCGCAUCUUCAAUGGAUGAAUGCCCCUCUUCCUCUUCCCAUCCCCCUCGUCGUCGUCGUCUUCUCCUAUCAUCCGCCGUGGCUUGUCUCUCUGUCCCCCCCUAAAACUCAUCAUCCCUACCACCCCCCCCUUUCACAAGCUGCCUGUCAAGACAAACUCAGAUACUGCCAGGCUUACCAGAUGCAUACAGUAGGUACAUCGCACAUGUACGGGACCACGUUGGUAUCUACGAUCGUCGCCUCACAGGGGGGGGGGGACCCCGGCGGCUCAAUGACGUAGAUUGAGGGGGAUCAUCGCCAGGCAAGCUUCGUUGAACAAAUCACAGCUUGCCAGGACAGGCGGCACUGGUGUUUCAGUUUCACAGACAGCUGUGCACGAUGGAGAUGGAUGCAGAAUGCAGGAUGCAGAAUGCAGGAUGCAAUAAAUACAUGCACUCUUCUGUCAUCCAGCAUAAACAGGAUCUCGUCCCGCGCGCUGGAUGGAACGGACUCCUUUUUCCCCUUUACGCGAAGCCGUCAACGUCAAUGGCUGGUUGGGGAUCACAGCUACCACGGCUGCUAGGCAAUAGGUAUUACUAUUACGGCUCCUUUUGCUUAGCAUGCAUCUCUCCCUUGCAGCUCAUACGCCCUCAUGCAACGCAAGAUAGUCUACGGAGCAAAAGGACAAAAGGAAGAAAACGAACGAGGUUUGCGUCGGCACUGCAUCCAUCAACCCGAAGGGCCAUCCAUCCAUAUCCAUCUCGCAGCAGCAACGACUCCUCAGAACCGCUUCCCCGUGGGACCCUCUGCGGGCGAUUCUCUAGUCAGUUGAUGGUCUCCGCUCCAUCUCCCCUUGGCCCAAUACACGCCCGCGGGGAAGCAUGUGCUUGUCGAUCUCUUGCUUCUUUCUUUCCCGUUGCUCUCCAUCAACCACAUGCUGCUGCUGCGUGCGUGCAUCGUGCGUGUCGUCUGCUGGCUGUUUCUUGUUCAUGUAAGUUGACGUCGUGACAAAGCUUUACACCUCGACUUCAAGUUUCUCAUAUGCCGGAACGCUAUCAUGACGGGCAUGAAAAACAGGUUAUGAAACAUGCCAGACACUGCCCAUUUGCGUCAAAAACACAUUGUCAGACUGUAAUGAGAAGCCGUGCACCGUGAU